AUGCACUACCCCUCCCGUCGCCUCCCUCGCCUCUUCCUCCGCUGCCUUUCCUCCGGCCCCCACCGAGACCACCGGUUCCUCCUCCGCUUCGCCGCCCUCGCGAAGGAGCUCUCCGACCGGCCCCGGGCCCCGCCUCCCCCGACCCGCCCGCGGUCCCCGCACCCCUACGACUACAACCGCCUCAUGUCCGCGCACGCGGAGUCGGGAGGAGACGGCGGCGCUGGCGCGGACCGCGCGCUCCACCUGCUCGACGAAAUGCGCGGUCUCCUCGGGCGCCGCCCCGACGCCGCCUGCUUCACCACGGUCGCCGCGGCGCUCUCGUCCGCGUCCCGGCCGGGCGCGGCGCUUGCCGUGCUCGACGCCAUGGCUGCGGAUGGCGUCAAGCCCGAUGCCGCGGCGUGCACGGUGCUUGUUGGGGUGUACGCCUGCCGCCUGCAGCAGUUCGACUCUGCGUACGGGGUUGUGCACUGGAUGGGGGCGAAUGGUGUGGCCCCCGACGUGGUCACCUACUCGACGUUGAUAUCUGGGCUGUGCAGUGCCGGGCAGGUGGCUGAAGCUCUGGGCGUGCUGGACUUGAUGCUGGAGGAAGGAUACCAACCCAAUGCGCACACAUAUACACCUAUCAUGCACGCAUAUUGUGCGAGUGGGAGGAUGCAUGAGGCCAAGAGACUGUUGAACACGAUGAUUACCAGUGGUUGUGUUCCAAGUACAGCUACUUACAAUGUCUUGGUUGAAGCUCUCUGCAAGGUUCGGGCUUUCAAGGAGGUAGAUGCCCUUCUUGAGGAGAGCAGUGCAAAAGGGUGGGCACCAGAUGCAAUCACAUAUAGCAGUUAUAUGGAUGGGCUAUGCAAAGCUGGCAGAAUUGACAAGAGCUUCGCAUUGGUUGAAAAGAUGCUAUCCAACGGUUUGCAACCUAAUGAGGUGACUCUAAAUAUCCUUCUUGAUGGUGUUUGUCGUAGCUCAACUGCAUGGUCUGCAAAACACCUUUUGGAGUGCAGCACAGAGCUUGGGUGGAAUGUGAAUGUUGUCAAUUAUAACACUGUGAUGAGGAGGCUUUGUGAUGAGCGGAGAUGGUUGUCUGUUGUCAAACUUUUCACUGACAUGACCAAGAAAGGCAUUGCUCAAAAUAGCUGGACAUUCAACAUUGUUAUCCACAGCCUCUGUAAAUUGGGGAGACUUCAUAAAGCGUUUUGUCUGCUGGAAAGCAAAGAAUUUGUAGCUACCGUUAUCACAUACAAUACUUUAAUCCGUCAUCGCAGUGUUACCGGGAAAGCCAAUGAAGUUUUCCUCUUGCUUCAUAAGAUGAUUGGGGAGGGCAUUGCUCCCAAUGACAUCACCUACAGUCUUGUGAUUGAUUGUCUCUUAUUGUACGAGGUCUAA